UAGGGCUCCUCUCGCAAUCCCAGGACCUGGUCAGGCGCUUGGAGUUCUCUAUCGGUCGCAAGAAACCUCGCAGCGGUCCAUUCUCACUCUUAUUGCUAUCAUGACUUGAUAACGGCCAAGGUGGUGAAUUUCCCGGUCCUCAAUGUUCCCCACCUUACUGUUCGACCUCGUCGCCGGAGGGUGCCUUUACGGCCUCGCAUGCGCUGCCUACAACCUCUACAUCUCCCCCCUUCGGCAUGUGCCGGGCCCUUGGUACGCGGCUAUCUCUGAUCUCUGGCUCUGGACCUGUCUGCUCCGCCUUCGACAAUGCCAGAUUAUCCAUGGUCUCUUCGAGGUCUAUGGUCCCGUCGUGCGAAUUGGACCGCGGCGGGUCGCCUUCAAUGAUGUGGCGGGCGUGAGGAGCGUCUAUUGUGUGCACAGAUUCGACAAGAGCGACUUGUAUAAGAUGGCUCUGGAGUGCGGCCAAGACCAUGCGUUCUGCAUCCAAGAACGGGGCCCGCACGCAGCGCGGCGGAAGACCUUUGCGCAACACUACACCCAGCAUCAUAUCUCCAAUUUUCUACCUCAAAUGCAGGAGCGCGUCGCCGCUUUGGUCUCCGUGAGCCCUCCUCUUCCCCCUCGCCAAGUACUACACGACACGUUACACCUUGCUGACUACAGUGACCAGAUCCUAAAAACUAAAAGCGACCCGGUCGACUGCCUAACCAUGUUCCACUGCCUCAUGACCGAUAUCCUUUUGGUUGCCACAUACGGCGCGCACCAAGAGGCCCUGCAGAAAUGGGCAUCAGGCGUGGAGGACGUCGUCUCGGAGGCCAUGGAGGACUUCCCCAAGCGCGGCAUGCUGCGUAACUCACUGCCUUCUUGGUUAUGGAAACUCCUCACCUACUUUCCUAUUGAACGGUGGCGACGUUUCUGUGCGGCAGAUGAGGUAGUGUAUAAGUUCGUUGCAGAUCUCGUAGACGACGUACGCGCGCAGAAGGAUGGAGGCCAUAAGGGCAAGCCGCUGCCACUGGUCCAGCGCCUUAUACAAAGGAGUGCUUUGUCUGACCGCGCGAUUGUGGCAGAGGCUAUGGGCCAUACGAUCGCCGGGGCCGACACCACAGCGGCGACGUUGUCGUUCCUCUGCUUCAGGCUUACGCGCCGGCCGGACAUUGUGAAGCGGCUCAGAGACGAGCUGGAUGGCAUCGAGGAUGGCGGCACAGCAAGGCUGAGUAUAUCGGCUCUUCAAAAGCUCCCAUACUUGAAUGCGGUGCUGAAGGAAGCCCUUCGACUUUACACCGCCGUCCCUAGCCUUCUCGAACGCGUCGUUCCCCAUCUUACUAAGAAUGGGGAGCCCUUCGAGCUAUCGGGCUACACCAUCCCCGGAGGAACGAUCGUUGCGGCGCAAUCCUGGAGCCUCAGCCGCGACCCUGCCGUCUUCCCCUCGCCAGAAGAGUUCGCGCCAGAGCGCUGGCUCGGCUGCGACCCCAACCUCCUCCACGCCCACUUCUUCCCCUUCGGCUUCGGGUCCCGCAUCUGCGUCGGGCGGCACCUAGCGCUCAUGAUGAUGCAGCUGACCGUCGCGGCGCUGGUCAGCGAACUUGAUAUCGAGGCGGCCCCGGGGUCGGAUGAGAAGAGUAUGGAGGUGCGGGAUAUGUUUGCUAUAUUCCCUGCGGGAUUGGAGUGUCAGCUCGGUUUCCGCCCCCGGCCGCCCUCCGACAUGCACACCAGUGAUGGGGGAAAUUGACGGUGUACUUUCGAGCAGAGCUUGGUCGGGCACGACGAGGCAGUCCAUCGCUUCCGAAUGAUGCGGUUCGAAAGGGUAUUCCACCUUCGUAGCUCCAGCGCGACUACCCUAAAUCCACAUGAGUAUGGACAAGCCACCUAU